CAGAGAAGACGCUCAGCGGCACGCCUACAAAGUUUUGGGUACAUUUGAGAAUUUAAAUACCUCUUUGAAAAGAGGAGCUGCACAUCAGCAGGUGUGGACCAUGGAGGCAAUGGACACAAGCAUCUCCACCGAGGAGAAGAAGAGGCGCCUUGAACAAAAGGUGUUUGUCAACAGAAGCCUGACGCUGGAAAAUAUUAAAUGCUAUGGCUUCGACAUGGACUACACGCUAGCAACGUAUAAGUCUCCCGACUACGAGAGCUUGGGCUUUGAGCUGAUAAGAGACAGGAUGGUGUCCAUUGGAUACCCUCAUGAGAUUCUGCGCUACAAGUACGACCCCAGCUUCCCCACUCGUGGUUUAGUGGUUGACACUACAUAUGGGAACCUCCUGAAGGUGGAUUCAAAUGGGAAUAUUUUAGUCUGCAGUCAUGGCUUUAAGUUCCUCAAAGGUGAAGACAUUCGCAAAUACUACCCGAACAUGUUCAUCCAGAGAGACGACACCGAUCGCUUUUACAUCCUGAACACUCUCUUCAAUCUUUCAGAGACUUAUCUCUACGCCUGCCUGGUUGACUUCUUUACUGGAUGUACCAGAUACACAAACCUUCUGAAAGGUUUCCAGCACGGUGACUUGCUAAUGUCGUACAGAAGCAUGUUCCAGGAUGUUCGAGAUGCCGUGGACUACACUCAUGAUACGGGAACCUUGAAAGAAUUAACUACCAAGAAUUUGGAGAAAUACAUUGUCAGAGAUCCAAACCUCCCUGUGCUCCUCACCCGGAUCAAAGAGGUGGCCAAGGUUUUCCUCGCCACUAACAGUGACUACUACUACACCGAGGUCAUCAUGACAUACCUGCUGGAAAGUAAUGUGAAGCCUGGAAGCCCCAAAAAGAGCUGGCGCUCGUAUUUCGACCUUGUCGUUGUGGACACCAAAAAGCCGCUGUUCUUUGCAGAGGGGACUGUGCUGAGACAAGUGGACACGAACACAGGAAAGCUUCGCAUCGGGACAUACACUGGUGACCUCCAGCAUGGAACAGUCUACUCAGGAGGAUCCUCAGACAUUGUUUGUGAUCUGCUGGGCGUCAUAGGCAAGGACAUCCUCUAUGUCGGAGAUCACAUCUUUGGCGACAUCCUGAAGUCUAAGAAGCGACAGGGCUGGAAGACUUUCCUGGUCGUCCCUGAGCUCACCAAAGAGCUGCAAGUGUGGGAGGAAAGGAAAAAUAUCUUUGAGGAGCUCAAGUGUCUUGACCUCUACUUAGCUGAACUUAACAAGCACCCAGACACCACCAGUCAAGAGUAUCGUGACAUCGGUUCCAUUCAUAUGAGAAUGAAGUUGCUGACUUACAGGAUGGACAUGUCAUAUGGCCAGAUGGGCAGCCUCCUGCGCAGCGGCUCCAGGCAGACGCUGUUCGCCAGCCAGCUCAUGCGCUAUGCAGAUCUGUACUCUUCCUCCUGCCUGAAUCUGAUGCAUUACCCCGUCAAUUACCUCUUCAUGGCUCCUCCAGUCCUGAUGCCCCACGAGGUUGUUUCUGAGGCAUCUCCAGACUUUGUGUCAUCGCCGCUUACUCUCAACAGCUAUCCUCUCACAAACAAAAACUGAGUGACGGCAGAGUCAGACUCAGGGAUGAAGAGGCUACAGAGUAAUGUGCAUCUUCUUGUCAUUAACAUUUCACACACUGAAGACGGCUGCUUGUACCCGUGCACACAUGAAGGGUUUAUUGUAAACCUAAGGUGCACACAUUAGCAUGAAAUUAACUUACUGCUCCACAUGCAGAAUGUGACUUUUGGAAAACUCAAACACGCUGACAGUUUAGGAUUUCAAACAGAAACAGACUAAGUGUUUUUACUUCUAGUUUUAAAGGUUAUGUAAUGGUUUAUUUUUAAAAAAUGUUCAACAAAAGGAGCUUUACUCCAUAAUCCGUUGAAUUGGUUCAAGAAAACAUUCAUAAAAUCAGUUUUUAUUGUUUUCAGUGAAGUAAAGCUCCUAAAUAAGCAUAUAAAUCAGUUUUGUCUAAGAGAGAGAAAUAAUAUUCAGAAUGGCUUUUUUUGUAGUUUUUUUAGUUGCAAUGACAGUUUUUAGAUGUGAUUUUUCACACAAAAAUAUAAGUAUUAUUAUUUUAAAGCUCAGAAACAGAUCGUUUAAACUAGGAGGCAAAAUCUUAAAAAUAUAGCAAUAUAGCAUACUUUAGGAAAAAUAACGUGUAGUUAAAGAUUUUACUUUCCGCAUUAAAUGUUUUGUCCAGUGGGUGGCGCCUGAUCACCUCUGCAGCCCACCUGAGGAUUGAUUCUUGUGUGGUUGAAUGAGUUUAUUUUUAUACCCACAACAAACAUAUUAAAUAGUUUUAUCUGCUUAAACAAAUAUUUAAUCUUCCAAAAAGCUCUCAUCACUUUUAUACCAGAAACAUUUAUCUCACAGCUGUUGCAGAAGCUCGUCUUGAUCGUUAAACUUAAAUAAGUUACAUUUAUUUUGAAUACAUCAAAGCAGAAGCAGAUGUUAAUAUCAGGAGCCUCCAUCCGGGUAUGCAUUCAUCAUGGAGAGCACUAACAUAAACAGAUGUGAUGCAAUCCAUGAGCAAACACCUAAACACACUCACAAAUAUGUGUGGCUCUGCAGGACACAGGGCACCUGAACAUUUAGCAUUUGUUCUCCUUCUGUAUCUCAGGAACACACACGCACACACACACACACACUUUCUCUCCGUUGUUACUGUAGGAUUUCAGCGCUCAUGCGUGAUUGCGGAUGAAUUUUCUAUCAGAGUGUCACGAUGGUGAAAAUGGUGAAAUCCUGUACCAUCAGUGACACUUCACUCUGGAGCCAAACUUCAGCUUCACAGUGAUGUGCUGAUCGUGUUAUUUUAUUUAUUUAUUUAUUAUUUAAUUUAUUAACUACUUAGAGCAUUAGUAAAGAUGAUGGAAUCUCCUGUGUGAGGAGAUUAAAUGUGAAUCUAACUUAAUCUAAAGUCAUCAGUGUUUUAAAAAUAUUUCAAACUUUCAGCUGCUUCAAGAUUAACACAGUUGAACUUUUUUGCGUUUUUUCGCUGCUUGCUUCAGAUUGUUUUCAGAUAAGCCACGAGAGGUAAAUCCAAUGCUCAGUUUUCAAUCCCUCCUCCUCCUCCUUGUCAAAACAGGCACAUAAACAUUUCCUCGAUGAUUUCACUUCUUGUAUCGGGGCUAUUUUGGUUUAUUUGGAUUUCUGCCUGCCCAUUGUCUGUUGGUCACCCGUGUUUAUUGUUGCUGUUUCUUGAGUCAUUGUGUUCGCUUUGUCCUGUUGUAUUUUCUCACCUGCACAAAUCAGCUCAUUGCUUCUGUUUAAUCUGCUUUUGAAUGAAUGCAUUUUGUGAGAAUAAACCACACUCGGCGUCCGCUGCUA